AUGACGGGCGAAUGCUAUCUUCACGUCUUCUUUCCAGUGCAUUCGAAAUCGCUAUGCACAAAGCGAAAUCUGUCAAAGAUUUACGUUGUGGUAGCGGUGGCUGGGCUCCUGUUGGCUCUCAUCUAUCCUCUGAAUCGCUCCGUAUCGGUGACGGUCGACUCGUGUGAUCGCGUGAUAGUUCAGAUUAUCGCAAGUGAUUCCCCUUUGAUGACGAUGAUAGAAAGAAUUCAUACGAUUGGGAAUCUGCUCUUCGCCAUAGUCAUUCCUAUGUCACUUCUCGUCUUCAUGACCGUGUCAGUGGUGUGGAAGCUGGUUCUGCAAAAGUCUUAUCUCCCAAAUUCGUCGCAUUUCACGUCCGAGAAACGGUGCGUGACAAGGAUCACGCUCAUAACGACAAGUCUUCAGUUGCUGGCCGAAUUGCCUCCUGUUCCGGUGUUCAUUCUGGCGGCGAUCAGCGGUCCACGGGUUAUCAACGAGAUUCCUGUAUGCAUUUGGAACACAGCUGGAGUGUUUCUAGGACUUUGCAAUAUGAGCCUGUCGUUCUUCGUCUACUUCACUCUAUCACAAAAAUUCCGACAAAUGGUCUGCGAGUGA